AUGGCAUCCGGCGAAGGUUCUGGAGGAUCAACGGAAACAAGUGGAUCGGGUGGCAUCUUGUGGCAGAUCAUUUGGCUCAUCCUGCUGGUGCUGGCUGCCAUCUGGGUGUCCUGGUUCUGCGCCUGGUGGUACGCCAUGCUCAUCCCCUUCACCGUGUGUCUGCCCCCCAUGGCGGCGGUGACAGACAUCCUGCUCCGAGGCAUCCAGAUCACCUACGUCUGUGCCAAGAACAUGGUGGAGGCCAAUACUUUCGCUGAGGCCUGGAAUUCUUACCCCUCUGCUGUGCCUCCUACUGUACUGAUGGUGUCUCAGAGCUCCGGCUAAGCUUGUAGGGGCUGCUGUGUUUACUUGUCCUGUGCUGUCACCUGUGCCAAGUCGUGUGUUACCUGAUGGUUCGUUAAUGUGAUCCAGAGUAUUGUGUUUGUGUUGCGUUUGUUUUUUGGAUGUUUUUUUUUUUUUUUGUGUGUUUUCUGAAAGGUUUGUUUUGUUUCGUUUUUUUAUACUGAUUUUGUUUUGGUUUUGUUUUGCGUCGUUUUUUUUUUUAAUCUUUUUUGUUUUGCUUUAUUUUUUUGCACUUUCUCUGGUCUUAUUUAUAUUUUUUUCGUUGAUGCGUAUUUUUUUUCUUCUUUUUGUUUUCUUCUUUUUCUCCUGUUGUCUGAGAGCCACAGAAGUCAUGCCAGUGAAGGAAUGAAAAGAGAAGCAAGGCAUUUCUUACUUCUCUGCCUUCCUCAUCAUGUGUGGCACAAACUGAACAGGAAAAGAAGCAAGAAGAAAAAGUUUUUGUGCGAAGACAACUUUUUUCUUAUUCCUUUAGUUUGUCAAAUUACGAAGAGCAUUUUUUUGUUUAUGUACCUUAAAACAAACAUUUUUAUUUCUGCCUAUCAAUUAGAUGAACUGUUUUCUUGUUUACUUAUAUUAGAAAGAACUUUUUACUUGUUUAUCAAUUAUAAGAACAUUUUUUUCUCUUUACUAACAUUAGAAAAAACAUUUUUUAUUUCUGUUUACCAAUUUCAAGAAUUUUUUUUUCAUUGAUCAAUAUUAGAAAGAACAUGUUUUCUAUUUUUGUUUAUCAAUUCGAACACAUUUUUUUUCUUAUCAGUAUUUGAAAACAUUUUAUUUUUGUUUAUGAAUUUCAAGAAUGUUUAAUUUUGCAAGAACAACUUUAACAAUAUCAAUUAGUCUGCCAAACAUGAGAGAACACUUUACACUCUGCCAGUUCAAAAUGAAGGUGCUGAACAAAUUGACUUCCUAACACAAAUACUAUGACAAUUACACACUUACUUCAUCCACACACGAGCUACAGAUCUGAAACCGUGUUCAAUAUUAAUACUAUAUUCUAGCUUUUAAUUAUGUAUGGAAGAGAUCUUGGAAUUUCUAUGGCUGUAUUUUUCAGUCUGGCUCUUUUAUACAUAGAAAAGUUAUAGAUCUUAAUUCUUAUUCAGACUUAAUACUAUAUUGUCUAGUUUUUAAUUAUGUAUACUGGAGAGAUCCUUGUAUUUGUAAUAUUGUGUUUUUAAUAAUUUUUUUUAUAUAUAUCCAAGAGUUGUACAUCUGAAGUCCUUUUUAUUUAGUGUAUAUUAUUGUAUUUUAGUACUGUAUUCUAUUUAGCUUUUUAUACAAGAGAGUUUAUUGUAUUUUUAUGACUUUUUCAGUUGACUUUUUUUAAUAAGAGUUGUAGAUCUGAAAUCCCUCUUAUUCAGUCUAUUGUAUUGCUGUAUUCUAUCUAGCUUUUAUAUGGAAGUAAUUGUAUUCCUUUGACUGUAUUUUCCACCUUUCUGUACAAUAACUGAAGAUUUCAUUGUAACUUUGCUGGACUCUUUAUCAGUUUCAAUUAAUCUUUCAGUCUUUUAUCAGUUUCAAUUAAUCUUUCAGUCUUUUAUCAGUUUCAAUUAAUCUUUCAGUCUUACAACAAACGUCCUUUUAUUCAUGCAUUUUAUGACUUACUUCCAACCUACUUGUUUAUACAAUACUUAAACAUCUUUUCUUGCUUUCUUUUUCUAUUUUAAUUUAGGUUUUAAUAAUACUACAAACAUCUUUUUGUUGAUGUUUUUAUGACAGUUUUCUCUCUAUUUUGUAUACAAUAUUUAAACAUCUUAUUUUUUUAUGUGUAUUUUUUUAUCAUUAGUUUUUUUCUUUUUAUUAUUAUUAUAUAUUUUUUCAUGGUUUUCAGUCUAUUUGUUUAUAAAAUACUUAGCAUCUUAUUCUUGCUGUAUUUAUAGCUGCAUAAUGUAUUCUAAUAUAUUUCUCUUUUAAGAAGUAUUAUUGUGAGCUGUCUAAUACACAAUGGAAAAAAAAGUAAAAGUAAUAAUAAUAAUAAUAAUAAUAAUAAUAAUAAUAAUAAUAAUAAUAAUAAUAAUAAUAAUAAUAACUUGUCAUGUUGUUAAUGUAUUUUUAAAAGUAGUUAUAUUUUUUUGUAUUUUGAAAUUGUCUUUUUAUAUUGUAACUUGUCAUCUUGUUCACAUUUUUUUGCAGUUUUUUUUGUGUAUGUAUCAAAAUUAUUGUUUUUAUAUUAUAACUUGUAAUCUCAUUAAUAUAUUUUUGGAAGCAGUCAUUAUUAUUAUCAUUUAUUUAUUAUUUUUUUCUUUUUUAUGUGCUGAAAUGAGGUUUUCCUUUAUUACUUUCCUAUCAGGUGUUCAAAUCUCAUAAUUUAAAAAAAAAUGUCACCUUUACUAUUAUUACCAUUAUUUAUCUCAUCUUUUUUGUAGAGAAACGAUCUUUUUUGUAUGGCCGUUCAAUCAGGCGUCAGAAUCCUUUAAUUAUCACACCAGGUACAAGAGAAUCUCACCUUUGCCCAGGUACUGUUAAGAAUUAAGAGUCUAUUUUGUUAAUCCAUAAGAAUUUUAUAAGCAUAGCACACCUUAGUAUUGUGUAGAACCAUAGUGUAAACAUCACAGUAAGUUAUACAGUAAGUUAUGACAGUGUUAGCAAAGGUGUUAGGGUAGAGUUAGUUGUGCAGGGCGUCCGUGUCUAUGUGUGUGUGACUCAGGUGGGCGAGGACGUGGGAACAGUGACAUGGUAACACUGCUAGACUGAUGCACACUCUCACUCACUCAUUCAUUCAUUUGUUGGUCUAUGUAUUCUAUCCUAUCUAGUGUUGAAAUAUUUAGCAAGCUUGACUUUCUGCCAUUCUGUUGUAAGACGCUGUAUUUAUUUAUUUUUUACAUAAGAGGGUCACUGGCUAAAGGAAACAAAAAAAGAAAAAAAAUUAUUGUUUCCAUUGGGAUAAACUGAUGCCUUAUAAAUCAAGUAAAGGUUUUGGUGUAAAUGUAUCAGUUUGCUGCAUUUCAGAACAAGACAGAAAGGAAUAUGUAACCCAGUGAGUGAGUGAGUGUGUGUGUGUUUGUGUGAGUGAGUGAGUGAGAGCAUCAGUGUCCGUAUGUCCUAACCGCCUCAAUCACUGCAUCACUGCCACACACUUAGUAAAGGAAACUGAUGUAAUAUUACUAAAAUACACCUUUUGAAUACUGAAGACUUUUGUAGUGUGAAUAAGCAAUGCAGCAUUACAAUAUACAACAGUUUCCUAUGUAUACCACCCUGUCAUACAUAGCUGGCAGUCACUAUGCACAAAAUACAAUGGAGAAUAAAUAAAAAUAUCCUCUAUUUUUAUAUUAAUGUCUGUAGGAACUGGCGAAGAACAAUUUUAUCUUAUUACCAACUUGAACUGCAUCUUCGUUCUCUCUGUCGCUCUAAACUUGAAUGUGAACGCUAACAGUUGUUAAUUCAAAUGUUCUGGUACCUUGUCUCUGUCUUCAGCAGGCUGCAGUGGAAGUUAUUGGGGUUUUUCAAGGGUGUUUUCAAGAUUCUAGUGAGUUCAACAAGCUGCAGUGGAAGUUAUUGGGGUUUUUCAAGGGUGUUUUCAAGAUUCUAGUGAUUUUAACAGACUGCAGUGGAUGUUAUUGGGGUUUUUCAAGGGUGUUUUCAAGAUUCUAGUGAGUUUAACAAGCUGCAGUGGAAGUUAUUGGGGUUUUUCAAGGGUGUUUUCAAGAUUCUAGUGAGUUUAACAAGCUGCAGUGGAAGUUAUUGGGGUUUUUCAAGGGUGUUUUCAAGAUUCUAGUGAUUUUAACAGACUGCAGUGGAUGUUAUUGGAGUUUUCAAAGGUGUUUUAAAAAUUCUAGUGAGUUUAGCAGACUAUUGGGGUUUUCAAGGGUGUUAUCAAGAUCCUAGCAAGAGUUUAACAGGCUGCAGUGGAUGUUGUUGGAGUUUUCAAGGAUGUUUUCAAGAUUACAGUGAUAGGUUACAGAUGUGUGCCUUUCAGUACUUGUGCAUUACUGGAGAUGAAGUUUUAAUGAUGUGUCUUUGUGUGGCCUUGAUUAAAGCUAAUGAGAUGGAGUUGUGACGAAGGUUGUGUUAAAUUGUGUUUUUUUUUUAUCAUAGAUCUAAAUAGUCUUCAUUGAUUCAGACAAGUAGUGGCAUAAUAUUUUUCUAUAACAGAUAAGUAGUAAAUUAUUUGGAGCAUUUCAGACUAGUACUAAAAUGUUUCUCAUAGAUUGCGACCACAAGUAAACACAUUUCUACGGAUUCAAACCAUUACGAAAACAUUCACCAACUUUUAUAAUUUUGAUCAUCCCUUUGGCUUUACUCGGCUAAAUGGUUCGAUAACAUAACAGAUUUUAAAGUGUUCAGAUUCUACCUAGCGUGAAUCACCUGUAUGCAUUUAGUUCUCUCAUAACUCGCAUUCUUGUGUUCUUCGCCCCUUACUGCUCCGGCCAUCCUUUGUUAUCAUUCAAAGCACCACAGGAUUUGCAUGGACACAGAAAGAUAAGAUAAUAAGAAGCAAAUUUUUGUCCUUUCCCACAAUUCUUCCGCUACACACAUAACACCACAGAAAAAAUAAAAUAACAAGGUAAAUUUUCACCCUUUCUCACAAUUACACAACACACAAAGCACCACAAAAAAAUAAGAAGAUACGAGAUUAAUUUUUCAUCUUUCCCCACAGUCUUACACUACACAAUUACUUAAGGAACUGUGGUAUAAGUGUCCAACCCUUAAGUGGUCAUAGGAGAAAAGGUACAGCAGUGAAGGGGGUCUGUGGCUAAGCUGUCCUCUGUGUGAGUGUGAGGGACGCGCUUCAUUUACACAAUUCACGUUUUGACUAAUAAAAUGUGGUUUCUU